GCCACCCACCACCUUUGUUUUGGGACUUGUACCCCAUCUCUCUCUAACCCCUCCCUCUCUCUCUAGAUUUCUUGAUGAAGGUGACAACAGGAAGUGAUCAACUUCCUUAUGGGAAGAACAACAACAAUCAAGGUACAACCCUUAAAAGCACAUCCAAAACCCUAAUAUUAAUAACCCUAACACUCAUUAUCCUCACAGUUGUACCUUUGUACUACCCACUCCAUAGAUACCCAUCAACCCAUGCUUCCACCGGUGACGCAACCGUCGUCUCACCGGUCUACCACCCGCAAGAUGAAGUCAUCACCAUCAAUGACAACCACCAUAAAUGCGAUGUGUUCUCCGGUGAAUGGGUACCCAACCCGGAUGCUCCAUAUUAUAAUAACAUGACAUGUUGGGCCAUACAUGAACACCAAAACUGCCAGAAAUAUGGCCGACCCGAUUCGGAUUUCAUGAAGUGGAAAUGGAAACCCGAUGGGUGUGAUCUACCCGUUUUUAACCCGUAUCAGUUUUUGGAGAUUGUAAGAGAUAAAUCUUUGGCUUUUGUUGGUGAUUCUGUGGGUAGAAACCAAAUGCAAUCCUUGAUUUGCAUGUUAUCCAGGGUGGAAUAUCCUAUCGAUAAAUCAACAACAAAAGACGAGAAUUUCAAACAUUGGUACUAUGUCUCGUACAACUUCACUCUAGCCACAUAUUGGUCACCAUUUUUAGUAAAGGCCCAAGAGGCCAGUUCCGAUGGGCCAACCCACACUGGCCUCUUCAACCUUUACCUAGACGAGUUCGAUGAAAAAUGGACAACCCAAAUCGAUGGAUUUAAUUAUUUGAUCAUCAAUGCGGGCCACUGGUUCUGGCGACCCGCACUGUACUAUGUCAACCGCCAAGUGGUUGGUUGCAGAUUCUGUCAGCUGGAGAACAUCACUGACUAUCCGAUGACAUUUGGAUAUAGAAAGGCGAUAAGGACAGCGUUUAACGCGAUCAACAGCCGACAAAACUUCAAGGGGAUAACGAUUUUAAGAACAUUUGCGCCGAUGCAUUUUGAGGGUGGUGAGUGGAACAGUGGUGGAGAUUGUGUUAGAAAGAUGCCAUUUAAGAGCAAUGAGAUAACAUUAGAGGGUGUUAAUUUGGAGUUGUAUAUGACACAAAUAGAAGAAUUUAAAAGGGGUGAAAAGAUGGGAAAGAAUAAAGGUUUAAAGUACAGGCUUUUGGACACAACACAGGCCAUGUUACUGAGGCCCGAUGGCCACCCAAGUAGAUAUGGACAUUGGCCCAAUGAGAAUGUGACUUUGUAUAAUGAUUGUGUGCAUUGGUGUUUACCGGGGCCCAUUGACACGUGGAGUGAUUUCCUGCUUCAUACUUUGAAGAUGGAGGGUCUAAGAUCAGCAGAAGAGAAGAAAUCACAUCCCAAAGGGUAGUCUCAAAUACAAGGGGAAACUGUUGUUGAAUGUAAGAGUUGCUUAUAUUUAAUUUUUCACUUGUUUUCCUCGUUGAAUUUGGUCAUAUUUUUUGUAUUAUUGUUAAAGAGGCUUUUGUAAUGCCUUUUAUUGAAUAUUGUGGAUCUGAAAUUUGUAUGUAAGUUGAUUAUUUAUCUCACAUGUAGUAUAAACAUGACUAUUGUUGCGAGUUA